UCUCUCCCGGGUGUCUCCUCUGUUUUCUUCCCCUGUUAAUUCUUGAUAGCUUUGUCGGUGGAUUGAGCCGUGCCUGGCCAUGUUUUGGUUCUCUUUCGUUCGAGGCUGAUCAUGGGUCUCUGCAGCAUUACGUGUUCGUUGCUGGCAUCGAUAUUGGGCCGAUUGUUCUGAGGUCGCUGUCCCUUUCUUGAGCUCUUUCCGGUGACGUAAAGUUCUUGUCAUUUCACGACUCAAUCCGUGUGACUUACGUGGCUCUUCACUAUUUGUUGACUUUGAUCGUUUCUUCCUGGAUCACUCGCUCGUUCGUAUCAAGCAUUUGGGUAGAGGAAAGUUUCCCUCUUUUCUUCUUGAUUCCUUCUGGGUUGUGAGGGUGCUUGCUGGUUUGGGUCCGGAAGAAUUCUGGGUCCUGAGUGGAAUUCGAAUUCAGCAUCAGCUAUGAAGCUCUAUGUGCGUGUGAUUGAAGCUAGGAACGUGCCGGCGAUGGAUCUGAACGGGUUUAGUGAUCCGUACGUUCGGCUUCAGCUAGGAAGGCACAGGUUUAGGACAAAGGUAGUGAAGAAGAGCUUGAACCCGAGCUGGGGAGACGAAUUUAGCUUCAAGGUUGAGGAUUUGAAGGAUGAGCUUGUGCUCACUGUUUUGGAUGAGGACAGGUACUUCAAUGACGAUUUCAUCGGGCAACUGAAGAUCCCGGUUUCACGCGUUUUCGAUGCCGAAAAUGGCUCUCUCGGCACUGCUUGGUAUACUCUGCAACCGAAGAAUAAGAAGUCCAAGAAUAAGGAAUGCGGUGAAAUACAGCUAGCUAUAUAUUUCUCAGAAAGUAGCGCGUUCUCGGAGAUGAAUGGCAAUGAAGGAGAAGUUGUCCCUGUCUUGAAAAGGCAUGCUGACUUAAUGGUGGAAUCGCCUGCAGGAUCUCUCAGUGGCUCACCAAGAGCCUCACCCAUGCGAGACGAGUUUUCGUCCUCAAAGGAAGAGAAGUCCUGUUCUCAGAAAACUUUUGCUGGUCGUCUUGCACAGAUGUUCAACAAGGGUGCAGACACAUCAUCAGUGGCCUCAAAUAGGGGCAUUGACUUGCCGGAACUACCUGAAGCUUCUGGGCCUGAAUCUUCUGACAGCCAAGAUGACGACCAGUUUUCUUCUGGUUCCUUUGAAGAGUUGAUUAAAAUAAUGGAGUCUCGAGAGCAAGAAGGCGAAACUCCGAGCAAUUUACCGGGAGGAGUACUUUUGGACCAGCUAUGCGUCAUUGCACCAUCUGACCUGAAUACAAUGCUUUUCUCUCUCGAUUCCUCUUUUCCAAGAUCAGUGGCUGAUCUUCAAGGAACAACAGAACUGCAACUCGGGCAGUGGAAGUUCGAGAAUGGUGGAGAGACCUUGAAGAGAGUCAUUACUUACAUUAAGGCAGCAACAAAAUUGAUCAAAGCCGUCAAAGCCACUGAGGAGCAAAUUUACUUGAAGGCUGACGGAAAGGUAUAUGCUGUUUUAGCAAGUGUAAGCACUCCGGAUGUCAUGUACGGGAGUACCUUCAAAGUCGAGUUGCUCUAUUGCAUUACUCCCGGGCCUGAGCUGCCAUCAGGAGAACAAUCCUCACGAUUGGUCAUAUCGUGGAGGAUGAAUUUUCUGCAGAGUACGAUGAUGAAAGGUAUGAUAGAAAAUGGAGCUCGGCAGGGUCUCAAGGACAGUUUCGAGCAGUAUGCUAGCUUACUUAAUCAGACGGUUAAGCCGGUGGAUUCGAAGGACAUCGGGUCCAACAAGGAACAGAUUUUGGCCUCUUUGCAGGCAGAGCCUCAAUCAGAUUGGAAGCUCGCUGUGCAAUACUUUGCCAAUUUUAUUGUGCUAUCUACUUUUGUCAUGGGAUUGUAUGUGCUUGUUCACCUAUGGCUUGCCACACCAAGCGCAAUUCAAGGGCUGGAGUUUGUUGGGCUAGAUCUGCCAGAUUCUAUUGGUGAAGUCAUUGUGUGUGGUAUACUGGUUCUCCAAGCUGAGCGGGUCCUGGGGUUGAUUUCACACUUCAUGCAGGCCAGAAUGCAGAAAGGUAGCGAUCAUGGAGUCAAAGCUCAAGGUGAUGGAUGGUUGCUAACCGUUGCUUUGAUUGAAGGAAGUAGCGUAGCAGCUGUUGACUCGAGCAGUUCCUCUGACCCAUAUGUUGUCUUUACCUGUAAUGGCAAGACGAGAACGAGUUCAAUAAAGUUUCAGAAAACUGAUCCUCUGUGGAAUGAAAUAUUUGAAUUUGAUGCCAUGGAGGAUCCUCCUUCUGUGCUAGAUGUGGAGGUUUUCGAUUUUGAUGGACCUUUUGAUGAAGCUACAUCUUUAGGACAUGCCGAAAUCAAUUUCGUGAGGAACAACAUAUCAGACCUAGCUGAUGUGUGGGUUUCUCUUCAAGGAAAGCUAGCUCAGGCAUGCCAGUCUAAGCUGCACUUGAGGAUCUUCUUAGACAAUACAAGAGGUAGCAAUGUGGCGAAAGAGUAUAUAUCUAAGAUGGAGAAAGAGGUGGGCAAGAAGAUAAAUAUAAGGUCUCCGCAAACAAAUUCCGCUUUUCAGAAGCUUUUUGCUCUUCCACCUGAGGAAUUUCUCAUCAAUGAUUUCACUUGUCACUUGAAACGCAAAAUGCCUCUCCAGGGACGCCUUUUUUUGUCGGCACGGAUUAUUGGCUUCCACGCAAAUCUGUUUGGGCAGAAGACCAAAUUCUUUUUCCUCUGGGAGGACAUAGAAGAUAUUCAAGUCUUGUCUCCUACUCUUUCGUCGAUGGGUAGUCCGAUCGUGGUCAUGACUCUUUGGCGAGGCAAAGGUAUGGAAGCAAGACAUGGGGCAAAGACGCAGGAUGAGGAAGGCAGGCUGAAGUUCCACUUUCAGUCUUUUGUUUCUUUCAAUGUUGCACACAGGACAAUUAUGGCUCUUUGGAAGGCUAGGUCUUUGACUCCAGAGCAGAAGGUUCAACUCAUCGAAGAAGAAUCUGAAGCUAGAAACCUCAUGACGGAAGAGAGUGGGUCCUUCUUGGGCCUUGAGGAUGUUAGCUUGUCUGAAGUCUAUUCUUCCGUCCUCCCUGUUCCUACCAACUUCUUCAUGGAAGUUUUUGGCGGUGAGGAUUUGGAGCGGAAGUUUAUGGAGAAGGCUGGUUGUCUUAAUUAUUCGUAUACCCCGUGGGAGUCGGAGAAGCCGGAUAUAUAUGAGAGACAAAUAUAUUACAGAUUCGAUAAGCGUAUUUCCCGAUAUAGAGGGGAGGUCACAAGUACUCAGCAAAAAUCUGCUCUUCCGGAUAGAGAUGGUUGGCUUGUUGAAGAGGUUAUGACUCUCCAUGCAGUCCCACUUGGUGACUAUUUCAAUCUUCACCUUAGGUACCAGAUUGAAGAUGCGCCUUCACGACCUAAGGAGUGCAGCGUAAAGGUAUUUUUUGGGAUGGCGUGGCUGAAAAGUAGUAGGCAUCAGAAGAGGAUUACGAAGAACAUUCUCUUGAAUCUGCAAGAUCGCCUGAAGGUAAUGUUUGGGGUCAUUGAGAAGGAAUUCACCUCGAGAUAGUAUGGGGAUCUUUGCAAUAUUGUGGCUUUAUAACCUUUAGCUUGCCCGAGACGAGGCUGAUACUCCUCUGUGAAUAACCUCGUUUGCUCCGGUUCUGUUAUCCAGUUAGGCUAAGUAUUCAGGGUAUUCCCGAGAUGUGAAGGAAACAGCAUUGAGGAGUAUAUGAAACGUGUCUCAGUGACAAAUUUAGCUUGAGCAUUCUUUGAUUCAUCCAGAUGCUUGUGUAGACCAUAACUUGUGAUAGAAGCGGGCAGAUAAUGACACUCAUGAGCCAGUUGAAACUCACUUUCAUCUAGGAUUAUCCAUGACGUCCAAGUGUGAGUUGGCGACCGAUGGAUCCAUCUUAGUGAAUGGCAAUACCUCUGCUUAGAUGUGCACUUGAAACGUAGUGUUGGCUUUGUACUCAUUUGCGUGAGGAGAUUGUAAACAGUAGGGAAUGCGAGAAAGCAGCCUCAUUUUCCUCUUUCUGUAAAAGGCGAAAUAUCAGAAGGAAAAGUGAACUGUAUAUAAAAUCCGAUUGUAUCGUGGGAAGGUGUUAUUCCUUGUAGCGAUUGUUUAGUAAUGCAGUUGGCUUUCACCGAUGGCCGAUAUGAAAUGCGACAUUGAGUUGACAUUUAUUGGAGAUAUUUGAAACGUUUGGAAUUGUAAGAGCAAAAGGAUUUGCAUCUCUCUUUGCAUUGGAGUGAAAAACUAUGUUUGAGUUCUUUGCCAAUAUCUGCAUAGUGUGCAAAGAAAGAACAAUUUCCAUCUGGGACUCGUGACUUCUAUUGAUUUGGUAGUCACUUUCUUUCUGUCACACAAGACUUGUUACAGAGUUGAGCUCAAUAAUGUAAAAGGAUUCAUAUAGUCGUCUACCGUUCAAGUAGGAUUGGGCUUGCUUGGCGUUCAUGUUGCCGAUCUUUUGUUCAGUUUUUGCAUACCACUUCAAGUCUAAUUGUGGUUGUUUAUACUGGUUUAUGCUCUGUGGAUAAGGGAAUGAUGAAUGAUAAAGGUGCAUCCCGAACAAUUUUUAUGUACCUUUGGAACUUUUGUACUGAAUGCUAUAAUACAUUGAUGGGUUAAAAUAAGUAUCAAUUUUGGAAA